GUACGGCAGAUCGCGUUGUGUUUUUAGUUCGACUACACGUGACAGAAAAAGUGAUUUAUAAUUUACAACCAAGGCUGGAAGCUGAAUAUAUUUAUUUAAACAAUGCACAAUUGUUUUGGGUUGUGUCUUCUGGGAAUCGUGCUGAUCAGCGGGAUCGUCGUUUCCGGUAGCGAGGGCCCAUCAGUCUUCGAGACUGUUCGCAACAGCAAUGCGGCCAUAUUAAAUCGAUUGGGUCUCGUUCCCCUGGAAAUUCCAGGUGGACAUCACAAGAAGAGACUAGCCGGUCCAGAACCACCCGCCUUCGGGGCCCAGUCUCGGAUCCACCAGUACAGUCGGCGUCACGGACAUCGGGACAGUCACGUUUACAUCGUGAAGCUUCCAGCGAGUCCUCCUUAUUACACCUUCACGAAACCACACAAGUCAGUGAAGGAUGACAAGGGCUCGAAGAAUGCCGGUAAUCUGCCGGUUGGCUUUCACAGCAAUGGCAAACCGGCAAAGAUCUACCACUGGAACUUGCCUCUGAUGAUGAAGAUUGCGGAGAAGAAACAGUUACACCAGCUCAAAAUGGACCAACUGAGGAAGGAUCAGCUGAAAAAGGAUCAACUGAUCAAGAAGGUCCAGUUUGAGAAGAACAAUGCCAAUAGUGAGAUCAGCAGCAUCAAGGUCAAGAGCAACGAGCUGAACAGCCUCAGUUCAAUUGGCAAGAAUGAUAUUCUGGAUAGAAGGAAUGAAAUUGAUCAAUCGAAGAAGCUCUCUAUGGCUGAUAACGAUAACCGAUUACUUUACGGAUCGAAACCAAUGGCGAGUCUCGCGAAGAAGCACAGCAGAAAUAACGACAAGCGAUUGAGCUAUCCUAAUCUCGAGGCUGGAUUGAAGAAGCUGAAGGAAGAAUCUGCUGGAAAGAACAAAACGAAGAAUAGCAACACCACGAAUAAGAUGUUCAGAUUGGCAGAUUCGACGACUUACAGAGUAGGGGCCCAGAACGAUCGCUUCUCGUGGAACAAUUUGUCCAAUGAACUUCACGGCUCGAGGAACACGCCCGACGAACAGAAACCGAAGAAACACCGGAAGAAGGCUGCCAUGUCAUAUUAUGCUCCGAGCCUCAAGUCCGGUUCGACCAGCAUCCACAAGAACUUUGCCGGCAAUGGAAAACCAAAAGCCUUUUAUGUAAUGGAAAAAAGCCGCAAACCGAUAUAUCAUCAUCAGCUCUUGCCUUAAUUUUUCAGAGAGGGGACUUCAGGGAGAAAAAUUUGUCCUGGAAAAAGUCAAGAACUCGAAGCUGGGUCAGGAAUACGAGAAAAAUUCACCGAAUGUUGAUGGACUUUCGUAAAAUCGCUUCUUUUUUUUGGUCAAUAAUUGCAAAAAUAUAAAAAAUAAUUGGAAAAAUCCUCAGAGCUGUCAAAGCUAAAUAAUAUAGGCUUAGCGAAUCUAAGAAGUGUGAACUAGGAUCGCCUGCACGUGGCGAGCCUGGACGACUGCGCUUGUUUAGGCACUUUCGUGGUUUCGAAUCCUUCCACUUGCGAAUUUAUAAUUUUUACAAAUUUAAUCGAGCAAACAAAUUUUUAUCUUUUUAUAUUCAAGCCUGAGAAAAAAUGUUCUGAAAUUUGUCCAUACACUUCUGAACGAAAUGAGACUCCAUUUUUUUUUCGUAACCGAAACCUCGCUGCAAAUUCGUGUCUUUUUUACGGCCAAUUUUUUUCUGUGUUGAACGAGGGUUUAUUCACUUGUGAAAUAAUUUAAAUCUUAAAAUUAAAAAAAAAAUCAAAAUUAUCGAUGGAUUUCAGAAGAUUUUUUAAAAUAUAAAAGAUUUUCGAAAUCCCCAUAGAGAUUUCGAUACUUUUUUUUGGAUUCGCUAAAUCUUGGGAUCUUUGAAAUCUUGCAAACUUUAAUCGGAUUUUCGUGAUUCUCUGUUUCGGAUUUUUUCAUUUUAUAGUGACUUUGAAGAAGAUUCCCGAAGUGAAUGGCCCCUCGGAAUUGAAUCAAAAAAUCUAUCAAAGAGUCAUUCAUUAAAAUAUAAUAAUUUUCGGAAUUUUCUAAACGCAUAAUGCUAGAAAAAAAGUCCUCUCAGAGCGUAUGUCUAAAAUAGCAAUUUUGGUUUUGAUCACCUUACAAAAACCAAUUUUCUUUUUGAAUUUGCUCUUCGAUUUUAUUACACACUAUACGCAACAAGCAGCACAUCAGAUUUAAAAAUAACUGAUAGUAUCUGCUUUAGUAUGUUAUUUAAAAUAAUUUCAGUACAAUUGAAUAUCUUUUAAUUAAAUUUAAUUUCUUUGAAUUCA